CAAAACUCUCUGAUCAAUGCAUGGCUGCUUGCUGAAUGGAUGCAUGCGCCUGCACUGGCUGCAGCGAAGUCACUAAUAGUAAUGGGUCAGAAAAGCACAGCAGCAUUUCUGCUAUCAGGGAGGAUUAGACUAACAUCUGACAAGGAGAUGUCUGUCUGAUUUGAAGUUCUCUUGCGGAUGACUUAGGAUGGUUCAGAGCUUGGCUAACACUAGCAGUCGGUGGCAUUGCUUAGCAAAGAAGCACCCCCUCUCACUGCAGCACCAGCUGACAUGACUAAGAAGAUGACAGCUGUCCACCGCCGGCACGUGGUCGGCACCCGGCUCCUAUUGAUCAUAUUCUCCAUCGUAGCAGGGUUGUCGUUCCUGGGCUUCAAGGGUUGGACGGGGGCAGAUCUCGUAGGCACCUGUGGUUGGGUCUAUUGUCCGACACUUGACAGCAUUCCACAAGUCAGCAUGCGAGAAUCGAUAUUGGAGGCGGUCGUCAGACCUGCCAUCGACCGCACGGUAGUGAUGAUAACGCCUGCAAAGAGAGGGGGGGCAAGCGAAGGAGAGAAUGGAAAUGUGGGUGCCGGACUUCAUUACAACUUGCAGGAUGUGUUGCUUUCGGAGGAGGACGAGAUGCAGAAGACAGAGGAGGAGCGAAAAGAAGGGGUCAUUGCAGAGAGUCCUGCUGAUGAAGGACAUCUGCACAGUAAGCGCAAAGCCAGAGCAGGCCGCCCCGCAAACAGCUCAGCUGAUGGCCAAGAGGAGUUCAAGUGCGACAGGUCCUCCCCCCUAACCGAUGUCUGCACUCUCCAGGGCGAUGUACGAAUCAAUGUAACCUCGGGCCAGAUUGUCUUGUUUGCCGGGGAUCCAGAAACCCCCAGAGGUGAAGAAAAAGUCCGGCCGAUGCCGAGAAAGUGGGACGAGGGGCUGAUGGAAAGCGGGGUGAGCGAGUUCACACUUCAGUCGGUCGAUCGCAACGGCAGCGAUGCCCCGGCGAUGGAGUGCACGCACUGGAACGAAGCGCCGGCGGUCCUUUUCUCGGCGGGGGGGUACUGCGGGGGCGUCUUUUUCGACUUCAACGAGGUCUACCUCCCCCUGUUCGAAACGACGCACGGGUUCGAUCACGACGUUGUCCUUUUGGUGGCGGACUUGAAAGGCGACUGGUGGUGGCAGGGGGAUCCCCGGGGCAGUUUUGUGGGCGCGAUGACGUGGGACCCGGUCAGGGUGAUCGGUCGGGAACGGGGCACCAAGGGAAACGUGCAUGGGGUGGAGUGCUUCAGCCACGUGAUCGUGGGGCUGUAUCAGAACUUCUGCCUAUACGACGAGUACGAAGGCAAGGAGUGGCGGAAGUUUGCGCGCUCGGAGCUGAAAGAGUUUGCGCCGUUCGUGCGGGAGGGGCUCGAGAUCGCGGACCCCCCCGAGAGCCACGUUUCCGUUCCCCGAGGGACUGCGCCGGUCAUCGGGAUCGCGCAGAGGAGCGAAUCGCGGAGGCUACUGAACCACGAGGAGCUGUUACGAGUCGCUGAGGGGGAGGGGUUCACUGUCACUCCGUUGGUUAUCGAGGAGUUGACGCACGCGGAAGUAGCGGCCGCGAUGGCGCCUCUCGAUGUUUUGGUGGGGGUCCACGGGGACGGCUUGAGCAGCAUUUCGCUGAUGCGGCCGGGGGGGAUCGUGCUGCAGAUUCUGCCGUAUGGGGAGGGGGGGCCGCGGAAUAUAGUGGGGGCGGAGUAUAAGAACUUGGCGCUGGAGAUGGAGAUUGACUACCAUGAGUGGCGGGUGCCCGCGCACGAGAGCAGCCUCAGUGACCAGUAUAACUGCACGAACGAGUUUGUGGCGUCGCCGCUUAUUUGCGUUUCUCCUGCGUGCUUCCACCAUAAGCUGGAGGCAGACUUGGACCCACAAUUCCAUCCAAGACGCGCUGAACGUCUACCACAACCAGGACGUCGUGAUGCCUGCCGACAUGUUUGCCGCGUACCUGAGUCAGUUCAAAAGGAUACUCCACGCAAAAGCCGCCCUCGCACAAGAGCUGCGCUGAGGGCCGAGAUUGCUUCACUGGACCGCACGACCGCACGUUUGCAGACUGUUCGUAAUACGUAUAUGAACCUACCGCAGGCUCAUCCUAUCCCGGUUCUGAGCCACUGA